GGGGCAGGAGCGAGGCGGGGCACCGAGCAAAGGUUGUCUUUUUAGCCCGGGACCUUCUCUGAAGCUCCCAGGCAUCAUGACGGUGGGCGCCAGGCUCCGAAGCAAAGCGGCGAGCAGCUUCGCGCGCCGGGGACACCUAGGGCGAUCGCGCGGCGCGGGUGACGAGGAGACAGAUGCCAUCGUAGAGCACCUGGAGGUUGAGGACGAGGACCCGGCGAGCCAGGAGGGUGAGCACGAGGACAGCGGGCGGCGCGCGGGGACCCCAAGCGCGCGCAGAGUGCACCUGGCAGCGCUGCCCGAGCGCUACGAGCCCCUGGAGGAGCCGGCGCCAGGUGACAAGCCCAAGAAGAGAUACCGGCGAAAACUGAAGAAGUAUGGCAAGAAUUUCGGGAAGGCCAUCAGCAAAGGAUGCCGGUACAUUGUCAUUGGGCUGCAGGGAUUUGCUGCAGCCUACUCCGCCCCAUUUGGAGUGGCAACCAGCGUGGUGUCCUUCGUGCGCUAACGGGAGCUGCAGGGGCAGGCAUCACCAGAAUGCUUCUGCCCCAGGACAGUGUGAAUCCACCAGCACUUGAGACUCGAACUCAGGAACUCUGAAGAGGAACCCUGCUUCAUGCUCCGUUGUUGAACUGGUUGAAUGUUAGGCUGGAGCCAUCCCCGCUCAUCCGCUGAGCCUCUUGUUUAUCUUGGAUCUGGGUGGAUCUAGGGGUCAGUCCUGUGGAGAAUUCGGCCAAGGUCAAGCUGGGAUUAGGGUUAGCUUGCUUCCUGUACCAGCUAGAGCCCUCCUGGGGGUACCGGUAGGCAGAUUCAUGGCAGGUUUGGGGUCCAAGCCAUGUGGGUAGUGGGUGAGUUUUGAGGUGGAAGACCUCUAAUGGGAUAGUUGCUAGGUUCUGGAAAGGUCGCUGGCUGAGGAGCACUGGCCUUGGCCUUCCUUGAUCUUCUCAGUAAGGACAAUGAGGGAGCUGUUUCUGAUGUCUUUCUCUCUCCCCAUCUCUGUUUUACUGAGCUGUCAUCGGGAGUUUAAUUACAGGGUUGGGAAGAAAGAAAGAAGGAAACCUGUCUUUGAAGACCAAGAUGCUUUGAAUGGAACCCAUGUUCACAGCUGUGUGGGGACUGUUGAAAGUAGAUCAGAGUGUGUCAUUUUCAUAAGUAUUUCAUAACAACGCAGCUGGCAAAGGGGGAGGGGCAAGUUCAGAAGCAAGCUUGGAGGCUGCAGCAGGUGCUCUCAGAGUCUGAACCUGGCCCGGCGAUUGCGUUUGGAGCUGUCAGGAAUCCUGCAGAUGUGUUGGUUCAAUACCAGUUCACUGCUGGCAGGUGCCUAACUCCACCAGGGGAGGGAAGGAGGGAUGGAGGGGGAGAGAGAGACAGAGGGAGAGGGAGGGAGAGAAACAGACAGAGAGAGGGAGAAAGAGGGAGAGAGACAGAUGGAGAGAGAGGGAGAGAGAAGAGAGGAGACAGAGAGGGAGAGAAAAGAAAGGAGACAGAAUUUAGAGGAACAACUUAAGAGAUAGGCAUGAAGAAGAAAAAAACCCAAGAACGACAUUGGAGAAGCAAUGGAAGUUGGGGAGUCAGGGAUGCAGGCUUGUGGUGGGGGCUUCCUUGGGAGGUCUGGGCUGGUUGUAUGUAGGACCAGAGGAACCUGGGGGAACCAGAGGAACCAUAGUGGUUGAGUUGAUACUUCUUAGGUCAGCAUCUCACUUGGGUUCAAAGAUGAAUGUAGGCAUGAGUCUCAGGCUUGACACUCCACCAAGGAUGGUUCAUAGACCACCAUUGAGUACGGGGAGAAUGAGAGAAGAAACCCUUUUAAGGCUAGGAUGCCUGGGAAACUGUACUAGUUUGUUUCACAACUGUUUUUAAAGUUGUUCAUAGAGGUUCCUCUCCCCCUGACCCUUGGCCAACUCCACAGCAGGCCAGGAUUCCAACCUUGAUUCUUGGGACCACUCUGCAUGCUCAGCAGCAGCUUGUUGGCCUGGGAGACUUCCUGGAGCACACAAUGAAAGCCAAGAUGCUCACACCUCUGGUGGGUGGGUGGGAAGAUGGACAGAUGGACAGAAGAGGAGCAGAUGGAGGAGACAGUAGCCGUUGCCCACUUAGAUUCAAACUCCUCUCUAGAGGUUCCUGUUGAAGUUGCUGGGUCCCAGGAACUGGGAAAUAAGUGGUCUUGCUUUACCCUAAUAACUAAAAGCUGGGUACUGCAGGUUCACACAUGUGACAGGAUGAUGCUUGUUUGGUAGUUCUAGGAUGAAAAAUGGAAAGGUAAAUAGAAAAUAUCACAUGCCAUUGGCUGGAAAGAAUCAGGAAUGUGAAGCUUGCAAGAUGUCUCCCCUGCCACCUCCUGAUACCACAGAGCCCCCAGGAGCCCACGACAUCCUGCUUGGGAGGGAGAAGUGUGACCCAGGGAAGGGCUGCACAGUCAAGGUCACUUCCUUCCCCCCUUCCCAGGAGUCGCUUCCUCCCCACCUCCCAACUCAGAAAAUGAGCAAAGCCAAGUACAUCUGGCCCUGUGCCUCUGCAAAUCUGGCUAAGAAUUAACUCAGAAACGGCCAAAAGUCGAAAGCUUGCAGGGGCUGUCCUGGAACUCGGCCAGCCUCCCUGGAAGGUGGAUUUCAGUCCCAGGAGCAGGUCGUGUGAUCACAUCCCCAUGUGGGGCUCUUGGUUCAUGUCGCAGACUGUUCCUUGUUGCUUUUCUGUGUUCUCUUGUGUUUGGCCGCAAGGUCCACACCCUGCUGCAACUGAAUUUAAGAGCUUAGCUUUCCCAUUACUAACUGCAAAACUUUUUUUUCUGUAUCCCUCUCUUGCCUUGUGGUGUAAAUAAAAGUUUCAGCUUGUCUGGUU